GACUGCCUGGAAGCAGGUUAUCAAGGAUGGUGGUGAAGAGAUAAUACUGGAUGCUGUCAAUGGAUGUGCCAACCUUGGGCAGGAAUGAGUGAUCUGAUUGGAGAAAUUCUUAGACGAGUGGUUAGUCAAACUGAAGCAGCAAUGUGGCAAAGCAGUUGCAGCUGGACCAAAUGUGUUUACAACUGGAGGGCUGUUCUGCGAAGAUAAGGCAAUUGGGAUGCAACUUUGGAAUUAGCAGGCUGAGCCACAGAGAGAGUUUUCUUCCAAGUGAAGUUUGAUCUACAUCAGGGAUUUAACUAAGUGUUUCAAAGCUGUGCUCUGUAGCACCCCGUGCAUGUUUUAUUUAUUGGGAAGGACAAGAAACUGACUUUAUUAGUGACAAGCAUCUUCAAUAAGUUGCUGCAUUAUCAAUAACAACACAAGAGCGAACUUCACAACUCACUGACCCACUUAGACGACCAGAUUUGUGUUUGUAUUCUCUAUUGUUUGAUGAUCUGGAGAGGGGAAAAAAAUCUUUGGAGCUGGGUGAAAAUUGCACCACUGCCACGUAAGGUGAAUCAAUGGAAGCACUUUCUGCUGGAGACAUGUCGAGCACCAGCCUGCCCCCCUUGCGAAACCUGCCCCAGUGGUCUCGUGUCGGAAAUCUUGACAGAACCCGGUACCCGCGCUCCUUCCCCCAGGGGAAUGUUAACCCCAUCCCUCUGACUCCUGCCGUGAAGACAAAGACAAAUAAAACAGAGGCCCCUCAACAGCCCAGCCAUGUGUACGAACAGCAGGAGGUGGAUCCAAACCUGAGGGUGACAACACUGGAAAAGAAUCUCAAGUUCCUCCAGGAGCAGCACUCUGAAACUCUGGGCAAGCUGCACAAGGAAAUUGAACUGCUCAAGCAGGCAAAUCAAGAUCUCAAUUUUAAAAUGAUAAUGAACCAGAGGCCAAAUCAUCAAGAUCCCAAACCAGGAGAGCCAGUGGAAAUGGAGGAGGGAGCUCUGAAAUUACAGUUGAACAAAACAUCGGGAAGCUCAUCGUGCACCGGUCCAAUGACCUCACUCACAGACGCUGUGCCGUUGACUGUCAGAGAUCACUCUUCAGGCAAGAAGCAUUCUCAGCGAUGUGCCCAGCGCCGUGCUAUGCUGCCAGAAGAUGGGGCCAAAGAGCAGAGGGCAGCACCAAAAGAGUCCCAGAAGCAGAGCUGCACCCGGCGGAAGCUCUUCACAGAGGCAGCUAACAAGAGGAGCAAUGGGCCGGCAGUCUCGCAGCAGACUUGUGCUGCGCCACCUGAACUGGACAAGGCAGAGAUGCUCAUCACAUCACUCACACCUCUUCUAAUCCAGAUUAAUCCUUCAGAAUCACCUCGGGCUCCAACACUGCAGGAAUGUGCAAUCAUUGUCCGACACUUGCAUAACACCAGUAGCCUGCAGUCUCAGGAGCUCCUGCGCCUGAAGACGAGUUUGAGGGAUCUGUUAUAUUCCAACAAAUGGACUCCGGAUGCAUACCUCCUCGCCAAGGCUUACCUAGCUGAGCUGAGUCAGGAACAGGAUGUUGUGCAACUGCCCAAAGUACCUUUGACAGAGCGAGCUAAAAGACUCAGGCCUGAAGCCACGGUGCCCACAGCAGACAGAGUCAUUCUCCCCGCCCUGAAACAGACGGUGGGGAAUCGAGCGACCGAGCGACAGCGGCGACUGCAGGCUGUACAGAAGAAUCGCUACCGGAAAGUUCUCCUGUAGAACUCAGAUUCACGACGAGGGUCCAGCACAAAAGCAGCUCGGCGGGCACGAGAUUUAUAUCUGCUUAAAACUCAGAGCACAUGCAUUCUCGCAAACUAUUCUGUGGGUGGAUUGGCUGUGUGCAUUUAUUCUAUAAGGGAAUCUGCUUUACUAUGCAUUAAAAAAAAAUGUCUUAACCUAUA